AUGGCUGUGCAUUGGGUUCCCGAUGAUUUACACAAACAUCAAUACACAUGCUCAACAUCAUCUGCUGCAUCCAUUGCUAACCUCCUGCAGUCGAACAGGGUUCCCAAAGAGAACCUUACUAUCCGCUGCCUCGCUGGUCGGACUUUCGAAUCAAAGGCUCAAGAUGGGGUACCUCAACCAAACCCGACCUGGGCAACCGAGUGGUAUCAUUUGCCCGCACAGUUCUGUGUCCACCGAUGUUCUCCCGAUCCCUAA